AUGGCUACCGCCACGCCAACUGAAGCCCAGAUCCAGCACCAGCAGCUUAUCGAGCAGCUGGACAUCCACUCCAUCCACAAGACCUUCCGAAACCAACACUGGAAACCGAAUCAGCGACGAAACAAGAACCUCAAAGCCAUUGUAGGCGAUGCCUCUAGAAGAGAAGCGUCGGCUCUGGCGACACCCCAGGAUGGAAGUGGAAACGCAACACCUGCAAGGGAUGACGGCCUGUCAACCAGCGGAACAUCUACUCCUGCCACGACCAAUGGCCGAGAUCAGCCGCCAAAUCUUGCUCAGGCAUCACGAAGUCUGUCGAAGCUGGUACUCGAGAAGAGUCUGAAGCCACCCGGUGGAGUUGUCUCUGCGCCUGCGGCAACAUAUACCAAUAUUGAGUCAGCGCCGUCUUUGGCUCACUCCAAGCGUUACUGCGAUGUUACGGGUUUACCAGCGCCAUAUCUCGACCCCAAGACACGGAUGAGAUACCACAACAGGGAGAUUUUUGGCCUGAUUCGGUCGCUGCCGCAGACUUCUGCCGAACAGUUCCUGGAGGCUCGUGGCGCACAUACGGUUCUGAAGUGA